CAAGAACUUUUCAAGUUUCUUUACAACGAUGAGAUGUUAAAGUUCCUCUUUAUGCAGAUGACAGCACAGAUCGGUGUCUGUCCUGUGAUUGGACAGAUCGGUGUCUGUCCUGUGAUUGGUGGCUUCCUGUCCAGCAGGAAGUUGUGAACAGAGUUUAAAAGCUGCUCCAGGACUGCAGACAUUCACAGGAAGCUGGACCAGCAAUGGCUCUGCUGAAGGUUCUGCUGCUGCUGCUGGUGCUGGGUGUUUCAGUGAACUCAGAUGUUUCUCGGCAGAAGAGAAUCGUUGGAGGUCGAAACUGUGAUGACAGGGAGCAUGUUCAUCAUGUUCGACUGGAGAGCACCAAUGGUGAUGUAAAAAUCCACUGUGGAGGAACUCUGAUCCACCCUCAGUGGAUCCUGACUGCAGCUCACUGCUGGAAGCCAGGAGGGUUUAUCAAUGCAACGUUAAAAGUUCAUCCACGGACUGCUGGGCAGCAGCAACAACAAAUCCAACAAACUCCUGUGAUUUAUAAGACCUUUAGACAGUUCCAUGACAUCAUGUUGCUGAAGCUUGAGACCCCAGUAACAGAUGUCCGACUUGCUCGGCUGCCAGACUGCAACAAUCGUCUUAAAGAAGGCGAUACUGUUAAGCUGGCAGGAGAGGGAGCAACGACAACUGGCCACAAAAAUCAGCUACUGAGAAAUGCUCCUAUUCCAUCACAUCUUCAGUGUCUCAAAAUGAAAGUUCUUUCCUACUUUACGGGGUUAUAUGGGAUUGUAUUCUCUGCUGAAGCUCCUACCAAGUUUAUAUCCUAUCGUGACGUUGGUGGGGCAGCGAUGCACAACGGCAUGAUUUAUGGAGUGAUUACUGAUGGUGCACCACGCUAUCCAAAGACUGGACCAGUGCCAAUCAUGGAUGUGUGUAACUACCUGGGGUGGAUAAAACAAACUACUAUGAAAUAA